AUGCCUGAAUUAAUUGAACAUCUUUUAUCAAUUGAUGAAGUCAAUGCUACGCUAAAUGCUUUACGACCAGAUAGUCAUGAAAUUGAUUAUCGUCAAUAUUAUGCAUUGAAAGAUAAUCAAUCACUUGUUUGUCUACCACUUUUAAUGGCAUUUCAAGCAUCGAUCAAUUUAUCUGAUGAUUUUCCAUGGUAUCGAUGUACAAUAUCAUCAGUUCCUCAAAAUAACAUCAUUUAUAUUCCAUGGACACCAACAAUUUAA